AUGUCUUUUGAAAUACAAGAGCUUAGGAAUCAGCUUGAAUUAAGCAAAGCCAACCAUCAGAUAGAGUACUCCAAUCUGCUCAGCAAGCUUGAUUUGCAAAACAGGGAUAUUCAGGAUUUGAAAGGUGAUAAGGAUUUUCUUUACCAAAGGAACCUCAAACUUGUGGAGCAAAUAGACCAACUGAAGAAGGAAAACAAAAGCCUAUUGUCUAAAAAUGAUAAAAAGCUUGCAGAGCAGCAAUUACUGGAUGCCAAAGACGAAUAUGAGAGCAAAUUGGACGAACUAGAGGAACAGAACAUAGCCUUGAUCAGAGAACUGAACAGUUUGAAGAAUACUGUAAAUGUGAAAACAAAUGGGCUUAAAUUGUUAGAAACUCAAUUGGAUGAGUCGAAACGUGAAUUGUCACAGGCUAGAGAAGAAAAUGAAAGGUUAAAGGAAAAUCAGACACCUUCUGUUGCAAACCCAGAAAAUAAAGAAUCGAAACUAUAUGAAAACGAAUUGAGCCAGUUAAUUCAAAAGGUCACUAAGCUUGAGCAAGAGAAUGAGCAUUUACUGAAUUUAUCCAAAUCAAGCAAACUGGAUCACGAGCUUUUGCUGUACCUUAAAGAGUCCAACAAACAGUUAGAGUUUAAGGCUCACAAUUAUGACAAACUGUUGAAGGAUAAUUCAGAAUUGGCUAAAAAAUUGGCACAAUAUCAGUCAAAAUUUCAGAACUUCGAUUCAGACGAAGUUGUAUCAACCCAGAAACUUUUGAAAAAGAUAAGUUUGCUUGAAGAUUUGAACAAGUCUAAAGAACUUGCCCUGAAUGUGCUUAGAGAGGAUCUUUAUCGUGUUCAUCCUGCUCAAUUGGAAACAGUUGAUCAGCUAGCAAAGCUUCAAAAACAGUUGCAGUCUUUGAAACUCGACGUUUCCGACAAAGAGCUGGACAUUUCACGCUUGUCGAUACAAGUAGGCUUGAAAGAUAAACAUCUUCUUUUUAUGAAAGAUCAGAUGGAUAAUAUUUCACUAGAGAGAGAUUUCUACAGGAAAAAAAUGAACGGAAACGAGAACAUAGAAAAGCCUGAUAGUACGGAUAAGAUUCUACUAGACAAACUGAAUAGUCUAUGUCAAGAGUUCGAAAUUCAAGUUGCGCACAUUAGCUCACUCACAGAAUCUAGAGAGUCCAAAAGGCAGAAAAUAAAAGAGGAAAGCACAGUCUUACCUGAUAAGAAUGAGCAAAUCGUACAAUUGAGUAAAGAGAAACAGGAAUUGUCUAUCAAACUCUCAGAGUUAGAAGAUGAGCUCAAGUCUAGAAAUGAGCAGAUUCAAAAAUUAGUAGCAACUGAAGAGGCUACAAAAGCCUCAGCAGAAACAGCAAACACUUUGACUACUUCAGUAUCGAAAGAGUUAUUUGAUCAACUCUUUGAGAAAAACCAGCAGCUGGAAUCCAAAGUAUCUGAAUUUCAAGUUUCCUACCUUUCUAUCAAAGAAAUAUCCGAACGAGAAUUGAAAGAAUACCAAGAUAUUGUUCAGAGAAUACUCGGAUUAAAGGUAGUUAAACUUGGUGACUAUAUCGUUAAACUCCAAAAGAAUGACUCCGAAUACGUUGUCAUUACCAUCAAAGAAGGAAAAUUGGCCCUGGUUGAAACCAAAGCUGACCUAAAGGAAUUUAAGAUACCAUUGACAAGUUUGAUAGAAUAA